AUGGCAACAGGAAAGAUUGAAGACCGCUCAAUUCGGCUUGGAAGAAGGCUUACUCUCUUCAGAGACUACGCCACUGUCUUGCUCGUUGAAAACAACUGGGACCAAGAGUAUAUUGUGCGCCAGUGGAAUGUUGCUGGAAACCAUCUUGGGGAUCAUGUUGUUAGAAACUGCCAUUUUCUUUCAAUAACAAGCAGAUGUCGUAUCUGCCAUGUUAUCAGGGAGUGCAAAUCUUAUGGUUGUCGCCAUCUAUUGUGUGCACGAUGUGUUACAGGUUAUCUUGAAGAAAACAUAAAUGCUGGCGCCUUGAACCUAGUCUGUCCAGUGCAACACUGUGAGAAGAUGAUGUGCCCAGCUGUUUUCAAAAGUGAUGUUUCCAUUGCUGUGAGAAACCUUUUCCAAAGAAACCUAAACCGAAGCUUCCUUUUAGCACAUCCUGAUGAAGAGUUCUCCUACAUCACUGCUGCUUAUGACUUCUGUUUAGGUAAAAAAUGGUACAUUCUAGCUUUUGUGGUCCUGGUUGUUCUCUUUUUCAAGGGGCCACGUGCAAGCAUGAAUCUCAACCUCAACUUCAUCCUUUGA